AUGCCUGAUGAGGAACAUCAAGAGAUUACAAGUUACAACACCAUACAGGAAAAGGAAGAAGAAUCUUUGUCAUCGUCAACUAGUUCCAUUAAAUCUACACCAUUAGAAUCUCCAGUUGAUGUCAAUGUGGUGUCAAAUGGGGAAACCAAUGCAGACAACGGUGAGGAAUUGCAAAAAGACUUAGAAAGCAGGCGCCAGUUGAUUAAAACCCUAUUGGCAGAUCAAGAGUGGCAAGAAGGUGACGAUUGUUAUGUAAUUCCAAAACCGUUCAUUGAUUCAUUUUUCAACACAUCAGCAACUUCAAUUGAUGAUUUGCGAAACAAGAUUGGUCCUAUUGAUUUUCACACUAUACUUGACAACUCAGGGUACCUUUUCUCAGCAGAAAAUGAGCCAGUACCAACACUUGGCGUAUCACAAAACAUUUUUCAGCACUUUUCACAUUGGUUUGGUGUAUUAGGCCAACCCGUCGAAAGAUCAUUCAUUAUAAAUCCCGUAACAGGCGUUGUGGAAAUUGAAAGAUGGCCGCUUGAAUGUUUUGUUCAUUACAUUGGCAAAAAAACGCAUCAACCAACCUACUUUAGAAAUGGAUAUUCAAGACACAGUAACCAUCAUGAUGUGGAAAAUGAACGACCAGCUUUUCUUUCAGUUUCAAGAGGCAAGACAUUUUUGUACUUACUUGAGUUAAUCAAAGACCACAUUUUGAAGGCACCAAGAAGAUCGAUUGAUGAUUUUAGAUUAUGGUUUGUCACCGAUCCCAAGCAAGAUGAAUUGCCUUUUUUGAUAACAGCAACAAACUUUGCCUAUAAAAUAUCUAGCAAGAAUGUGGUACCCCCAACGAUUUUCAAUCGCACAUUGAUGUCAGAAGGUGUGAAUGGUGGGUUUUACCACUUGGUUAUCGAGUACAAGGAAAAAAGCAAUCUCCAAUUCCCGAUUGAUGCAUUUGUUCAGUCACAUGUCAAUACAGAAGACAAUAAGGAGAAAGCAGGUGGUCACAUGGGACUAUCUAACCUUGGAAACACUUGCUAUAUGAACUCAGCGUUACAAUGUUUGCUUCAUGUGCCCGAAAUUAACCAAUACUUCUUCCACAAUAUUUAUCAAAAAGAAUUGAACGUGGAUAAUCCGCUUGGAUAUAAUGGAGAUGUUGCUAAUGCUUUUGGAUCCUUGUUGAAGCAAGCUUUUGACCCGGCAAAGACUUCGUCGAGCAUGUCGCCGCGUGAUUUUAAAUACACGAUAGGUAGAUACAGCUCCAUGUUUUCAGGAUAUCUACAACAAGACUCGCAAGAGUUGUUGAGUUGGUUGUUAGAUGCGUUACACGAGGACUUGAAUCGUAUUCAAAAGAAACCGUAUUGUGAGAAACCAGAGUUGAAGGAUGACGAAGUCGAUGAUAAAGAAGCCAUAGCUAGGUUAUCGGAAACAUGUUGGAAUCAGCACAAGCAGAGAAAUGAUUCAGUAAUAACCGACUUAUUCACUGGUUUGUAUGAGUCGAUAUUGGUAUGUCCUGAUUGUGGCAAGACAUCGAUAACAUUUGAUCCAUUUAACGAUUUAACAUUACCGUUGCCAAUCAAUAAAAAGUGGUAUCACACAUUUACCAUUGUUGACUUUUCUGGGAAACUUCCAAAUAGGAUUAUGAAACUUGAAGUGGAGUUGAAAACGACCUCCAAUUAUGAUGAUUUGGUUAAUUAUUUGUCAAAUUUCCUCAGUGUUGCCACGGGUGAUCUAUUCUUGUACGAAGUGUUCCAACACGGUAUAUAUGCUGACUUCCAAAAGAAUCGAAUCAAGAACAAGUUUUUGCCAAUAACUGAGAUUAUCAAGGAUGGUGAUGAUGUGGUUGUUUAUAUUAUCCCCCAUGAUUCAGAAAUUGACGUCAUUAUACCCGUGUUUAAUGUGGUGGAAAAUGAAGAUACUCUGUACCGAAUGGAGAAUUACUUUGGGGUCCCAUUGUUUAUCACUCUUACAAAAGAUCAACUCAACAGUUUUGGUUGUAUUAGGCAAAAAUUAUUGGAGGCUGCUUCUAUUUUGACAUAUGUGGAUGUUGUUGGCGAAUAUGAAAAGAUUAAGCAAAGCAAUGAGAAUUACACCGAAAAGAAGUUUUAUAACAAGCUGGAUUUUACAUUGAUUGCCGAGGAUGAUGGGAAGGCAGAAAAUGAAUACGAUAGUGAUGUGUCCUUGGCCAACCCAUACGUUGAUGCCGAUUUUGGAUUUAAGAUAAAGUACAUUUACGAUAGUGAGAUACCAAGCAGCCAAAAGUCUCGUUUCAGUUUCAAUUCCAAUAGUUAUGCAUCAGCGACAACGAUUCAUGUACCUUUGCACAAACCAGCAAUUAGUAGCUAUAAGCUAUUGUCAGGCGAAUUGCCUCAAUUGAAAAGACAGUACUAUCACUCGCAGCAGUGUAAUGAUAAGCCAAUGGAUGAGGUCCUAAUAGAAGAUGGAAAUUUGGUAGAAGAAGAAGAAGAUGAUGAUGAGAAGCACGCAGUAGACGACUACUUAGUUCUGCGUUCAAAUACACCGCAGGUCAUACCAUUGGGAAGGGAUGAAUGGAGUGAUUCCAACGACGCAGUAGUAUCAAUUGACGAGCAGAUACAGAGUGGAGGUAAGCUGGAACUGGAUGCCAGCAACACACUCGAGCAAGAUUUACGACCAACUUUACCACCACGUAAUCAACAAUAUUCUCAGCUAAUAUUGUCGGAUACUGAAAGUGAAGGAAUGCUUGGUUCAGGCUCAUUUAUGCCACCGCAAGCUUCAAGUGUGUGUCCUGAUUCUACAAAGCCUUCGAAUAUCAAUUCCCCCUUGGAGACAAACUUUGACGAAGAGGUCCAUACCACGUUGGUGAGUAGAAAUUCAGUGUUAUUAUGUGAUUGGGAUAAGGAGGUUUAUUUAAAAUUAUUUGGCGAUUCCUCAUUAACCAGUUGGGAAUCCAUACCGGAACUUAAGAACCAACAAUUGGCUGAAAAUAAGGCGAGGUUUGAACGUCAACGGAAAAGCAAGGUUACAUUGGCCGAUUGCUUGAAGAGUUUUAGCACUCCAGAAGUGCUUGGUGAGCAUGAUUUAUGGUACUGUCCUAGCUGUAAUGACCAUAAGCGAGCUACAAAAUCGAUUCAAAUCUGGUCGACUGGGGAUAUCUUAACAAUUCAUUUGAAAAGAUUUCACAGCGCUCGUGCAUUUAGUGACAAAAUUGAUAUUGUUGUUGAUUUUCCAAUUGAAGGAUUAGAUAUUGCGCCAUAUGUGGCUAAUCCGACUCUACAGGAAAAGGAUUGUAUUUACGAUUUGAUUGCAGUUGAUAAUCAUUAUGGAGGAUUGGGCGGUGGUCACUAUACUGCAUCGGUAAAGAAUUUCAAGGAUGAUAAAUGGUACUAUUUCAAUGAUAGUAGAGUCACUGAGAUUAACAACCCAGAGGAGCUUGUAUCUAGUGCUGCCUAUUUACUUUUUUACCGCCGAAAAAGACCCGCUAAUGAACCAUUGGGCGGUGAUGGUUUACGUGAUAUUCUUCGAAAGGGAGAAGAGGAGUAUAAAUCAAAGGCUAUCGAAAAGCAGGAAGCUUUGACCAAUUUACUGGGCCUGAUAAACAAGUACCACUCAGCAUUGCGAUUUAAUCAGAGUCAAGAUGGAGAAGUUGACUAUGAGAGUGAAUUGUCAAAUGUUGAAGUUGUAGAUGAAAAAAGUAGCAGCGACGAAGAUGAAGUUUCAAAAAGAGUCAGAAGACAGAGAGUAUUACUGAAGGAUGGUGAUGAUAGUGCGUGUCCAUUGCGUCAUAGCAACAGCAAACGGCAGAAAAUGAAUUCGAGUGCCCCUGAAGAUGCCGAUAUACUGUCUCAAAGUUCAGAUUCGAAUGGAGAUGCGGCUCAAGAGGAAGUUAAAGUGGAAGAAAGUAAGAUAAAUAAUUGA